CCCAUAUCCAUGUACUUACUCUCUGGUCAAUUAUCAGCUCCAUCAUAAUAAUUAGAGUUCGUUGAGAUCCAUCGGCCUGAAAAGAUAAAGAGAAGCUCACUGCUCAUACACACCUUUAUAUACAUAUAUAUAUAUAUAUACACACACUUCAUAUGCAUUUUUCUUCCGUUUUGGUUAUAAACUUUUUGUCCCUGGGAAAGCUAGAGAAACAUUGAUAGAAAAAGAGGAGAGAGAGAGAGCUUGGAGGUAUAAGAAUUAAGGAAGGAGAGAAAGAAGUGUUUCAGAGAGAGAUUUGCUGUAUGUCAGCGGAGUGCUACUACAGACGUGACAACUACAGCGGUGGAUACGGUGAGCUUGCUAACCCUUUACAAUGGCCACAGCUCAGGAAAAGGCGACGCCUAAUUCAUCAUCAUGUUGCUUUAACGACUCCUCCUCCUCCAAAUCUUCCAGUGCUAUUGCUUCUUCUUCUUCUGAGAGAAGUCACCAGGCACUUGGCGAUUGGAACAAUAUCGUCGUCGCCGCCGCCGCCGCCGCCGACCCGAUCCGCAAAUCGGCGUCAACGUCCAUGGCUGCUCUCAUCAGACCCGUAGACUCCCUCCAGGCUGAUGACCCCCCCACCAACACUACUUCUGCUUCCUCCAAAGGCAUCCCUGCCAUGAUGAGGGCUCAAACCAGUCACCCUUUGGACCCUUUAUCUGCUGCUGAAAUCUCUGUGGCAGUGGCCACUGUAAGGGCAGCCGGAGCAACCCCUGAGGUGAGAGAUAGCAUGCGCUUUGUUGAAGUAGUUCUAGUGGAACCAGAUAAGCAUGUUGUUGCAUUGGCAGAUGCGUAUUUCUUCCCUCCUUUUCAGCCAUCUUUGCUUCCCAGAACAAAAGGAGGGCCUGUAAUUCCGAGCAAACUUCCUCCGAGGCAAGCCCGGCUUGUUGUUUACAACAAAAGGUCUAAUGAGACAAGCAUUUGGGUUGUUGAAUUAUCCCAAGUCCAUGCCGCAACUAGAGGUGGACAUCAUAGAGGCAAAGUCAUUUCAUCCAAAGUUGUUCCUGAUGUGCAGCCUCCUAUGGAUGCUGUGGAAUAUGCUGAAUGUGAAGCUGUUGUGAAAGACUAUCCCCCGUUUCGCGAAGCGAUGAAGAAGAGGGGUAUUGAGGAUAUGGACCUUGUGAUGGUUGAUCCAUGGUGUGCUGGAUAUCAUAGUGAUGCUGAUGCUCCUAUCCGAAGACUUGCUAAGCCGCUUAUCUUCUGUAGAACUGAGAGUGACUGCCCUAUGGAAAAUGGUUAUGCCCGUCCGGUUGAAGGAAUCCAUGUGCUUGUUGACAUGCAAAACAUGGAGGUCCUCGAAUUUGAGGACCGUAAACUUGUUCCCCUGCCACCUGCUGAUCCCUUGAGAAACUACACCCCGGGUGAGACUCGAGGAGGGGUUGAUCGAAGCGAUGUGAAACCUUUACAGAUCGUUCAGCCCGAGGGUCCUAGUUUUCGUGUAAAUGGACACUUUAUUUCCUGGCAAAAGUGGAAUUUUCGUAUUGGCUUCACUCCUAGGGAGGGUUUGGUUAUUUAUUCUGUUGCGUAUCUUGAUGGUAGUCGGGGCCGAAGACCUGUGGCUCACAGAUUAAGUUUUGUUGAAAUGGUAGUCCCUUAUGGAGAUCCAAAUGAUCCACAUUACAGGAAGAAUGCUUUUGAUGCAGGGGAAGAUGGGCUGGGCAAAAAUGCACAUUCUUUAAAGAAGGGUUGUGAUUGCUUAGGCUAUGUAAAGUACUUUGACGCCCAUUUUACAAACUUCAGUGGUGGUGUUGAGACAAUUGAAAACUGUGUUUGCUUGCACGAGGAAGAUCACGGGAUCUUAUGGAAACAUCAGGAUUGGAGAACUGGUUUAGCGGAAGUUCGAAGGUCUAGAAGGCUGUCAGUCUCCUUCAUUUGCACUGUGGCUAACUAUGAGUAUGGAUUUUUCUGGCAUUUCUACCAGGACGGGAAAAUUGAAGCUGAGGUUAAGCUCACAGGAAUUCUAAGUUUAGGAGCACUUCAACCUGGGGAAACCCGUAAAUACGGCACAACUAUCGCACCUGGACUAUAUGCGCCCGUUCAUCAACACUUUUUCGUGGCCCGUAUGGACAUGGCAGUCGAUUGCAAACCCGGUGAAGCAUUCAAUCAAGUGGUUGAGGUGGAUGUUAAAGUUGAAGAACCAGGAAAUAACAAUGUUCAUAACAAUGCAUUUUAUGCAGAAGAGACACUGCUGAGAUCAGAGCUGCAAGCUAUGCGAGAUUGUAAUCCUUUAUCUGCUCGCCAUUGGAUUGUCAGAAACACAAGAAAUGUCAACAGGACUGGUCAGCUAACGGGUUACAGGCUAGUACCCGGCUCAAAUUGCUUGCCAUUGGCAGGUUCUGAGGCAAAGUUUCUGAGAAGAGCCGCUUUCUUGAAGCACAAUCUUUGGGUCACACCAUAUGCAAAAGAUGAAAUGUAUCCAGGAGGAGAGUUUCCCAACCAGAAUCCACGCGUUGGCGAGGGAUUGGCUACUUGGGUUAAUCAGAACCGAUCACUCGAAGAAGCCGAUAUUGUUCUUUGGUAUGUUUUUGGAGUGACACACAUCCCUCGCUUGGAAGAUUGGCCUGUUAUGCCUGCGGAUCGCAUUGGUUUCAUGCUCAUGCCACACGGGUUCUUUAACUGCUCACCGGCGGUGGAUGUGCCUCCCAGUUCAAGCGAUUUGGAAUUGAAGGACAAUGGGAAUGGGGUGACAGCAAAGCCUAUUCAUUCUCAAAGUGGCCUGCUUGCUAAGCUUUAGUCUCAUUUCAUUGGCUUAUGAGUUAUUACUUAUUGCCAAGUGAGCAUUAUUUAAUAUAUGUAUAUAUAUAUAUAUAUAUAUAUAUAGGUUGCUAUCUCUAUUCUACGUAGUAUGUGAUGUUAUCACAUGUUGUUG